AUGGAACUAGGAAGACUCAGUACAAAUACAACGACCAUGUCGACGGACGAACCAGUACCCAACGCUAUCCGCAAUUUCGGCAAGCCUUUCCACGCCGCCGACGCGGACAUCAUAUUUCGCUCGAGCGAUAACGUCGAUUUCCGCGCGCAUCGUACUAUCCUCAUUCACGCGUCACCAUUCUUUGCGUCUAUGUUCGCGCUUCCCGCCCCGGUCGCUGGCACCGCAGGAGACGAUCGGAAGGACGGCCUGACGGUCGUGUCAAUGACCGAAGACGAGGUCACCCUGCGCCACCUCUUGUGCCUUUGCUACACCGCUCUACUUCCUUCUCUCGAUACCAUGGACGAGCUGUCUUUGACCAUACGCUUGACGCACAAGUUCGAAUUGGGUGGCGCAACAGCCAUCGCCAAAUAUAGGUUACUCGCACUUGCAGUCAGCGAUCCAGUGCGUGCCUAUGCCCUUGGGUGGAUUCUGCAGUCAAAGGAGGUCGUGCACGCCGCUGCGAAGGAAUCGCUCGCAAAGCCCCUUUUGGAUAUCUCGGCCCAACCGGAGUAUGAGCACAUUCCUGCAUCAGCCAUCCUCCAGCUUCUCGCAUACCACCACCGUUGCCUUCGUGCCGUACCAAAUGGUUCAUCGUUACUCGCUUGGGCCCCGGCGGAUUCGCUGCCUGCCGCGAUGCUGCAUCCUCACGGUGGCAAUAAUGUAAACAAUGCGGGCCGUUGCAGUUGUUCGAGCUAUACCUCAGCAACAUUCUCUGGAGGCUCUCGCAAUAUCAAGCACUGGCCACUAGCCUACUUGGGCCUUGCAGUUUCCGAUCUCCAGCGAAAUGUUCGGGGGUCCACUGUCAAGCGUUUCUCAACACUACAAACCACAGUGACCUCAACAUACCUGUUCAACUGCAGUAAUUGCAGAGCCGCUGCCAGCGCAGCAAUCGAGACGUUGUCAGAAUCUCUUGCCACUCAUGUGGAAGGCGUCAUAACAGAAGCCCUGGAUGGGUUACAGACUCCUUUCUGA